AUGUCUUGGACGGGUAUAAAAAAGGCUAUUAAUAGGGCUGGUGCUCAAGUAAUGUUAAAGACUGGCCAUAUUGAGGAGACGGUUGAUAAAGAUUAUGAAUUUGAAGAGAAACGUUUCAAGUAUAUGGAGUCAACAUCUACCAAGUUACAAAAGGAACUUAAGCAUUAUUUAGACUCCUUGAGGAUAUUAACAAAUGCUCAGGUCAAUGUGAGUGAAGUAUUAAGUGAGUUUUACGGGUCCAAUAAAAAUGAAGACAAAGAGUACAAAAGUAUAAGCCAAGAAUACCAUGGGGUAAUGAAGCUUCUAAAUGACCAAGCGGUGGGUGAAUUGGAACAACCAUUCAAUCAAACGGUACUCAAUCCGAUAGCUAGAUUUAACUCGUACUAUAUUGAGAUUAAUGAGGCCAUAAAGAAGAGAAACCACAAGAAACUCGAUUACGAUGCUAUGAAGAACAAAGUGCGGAAGCUCAUUGAAAAGCCAGGGGAAGACCCACUGUACGAGUCUAAAUUGAGUCAAAACCAAAGCCAAUUGACUCAAUUGGAGACCACAUAUGAAACUAUAAACGAUCAACUAAAAGAUGAAUUACCAAAGUUGAUUGACCUUCGAAUUCCUUUCUUGGAUCCGUCAUUUGAGUCGUUCGUGAAGUUGCAAUUGCGCUUUUUCAACGAAAACUACAAUCAUUUGAAUAACUUGCAGGUAAAGUUGGAUGCUCAAACGAGGCAAGAUUAUAUCAGUGGUGCUUUGGAUGAAAAAAUAGAUGAUGUACUCAUUAAAAUGAGGGAAUUGAACAUAACAGGGACAAACUAA